AUGCCUGUUUGGCAACAUUUCAGACUCGAUUAUUUGCAGACUUCGUCCAGCACAGAUUACCCUUCUUGUAAUUGCCUGAGUUUCUCCCAGUGCUGCAAUGUUGGAGUGGAUGGUGUGCCUAGAAAUUCUGGUGGCAAAAACUUGCCCAUCGCCAUGAAAUAUGUGCAUUCAGCACAUGCUGUCAACAUUGCAAUGUCAUCUGGACAUGAACGUGAAGAUUCUUUGCUCCAUCUCACUCGCCAACCCUUGCUCCAGCCCAGCUCAGAUCAUGAGGCACCAUUCCCUCAAUAUCUCCAAGACCAGCACCCAAUGCAUCAGUCCAACAUGUCGAUGCCGGUGGAUGAUCUCGCCGCUGAACUGUUCACUAUAACCCUAACUGAUCACAAAUCUAAUUCAGAUGGUCACCACAAACUACACAUCACCCGCGCCCUCCAGGCCAUUAAGAUGCAGUGCUCUUCAAGGGCUGAAGCCACUUUGAACGUGGUAGAGUCGCAGAUAGAAAGCGCUCGCAUCCAACUUUCCCUUGCAACGUCUCGUGAUGUGUUACAGUCCAUCCGCAAUGAGCUAUUUACGAUAAUCAAGACCCUCGCGAAAGUGAAGCACAAGGUCUCCUCCAUCGUCUCUCGCAGGACUCGGCUAGAGACAACCUGUAAUGAAAUACAAACACUCCUUCUCAGUAAGGAGGAUGGGCUUCCUGUCUCGUCUGAGCCAGUUGAAUUUGACUCCUCAUUGGUCGCAGACAUGGCGAGUUUCUGA